GUGGGUCUCCGGGUUCAUCUAUGGAAACAUGAAACAACGCAUCUUGUCCUUCUGAAUGCAGUCAUUCAUAAUAAUAAUAAUAAUAAUAAUAAAACAGAGUUUUGCACAUGUGUUUUCAGUGUCCCUGCGCAUAUUGUCUCAGCAGUGGAAACCUCAGACUGAUAAUUACACGAACGCGCGUGGGUGGAGUGUGCGCGUGUGACUGCGUGUGUGUAGGAGCGAGGGUUGGUGGAGAGGGAGAGAGGGAGCAGUGCUCUGUGAGGAGACAGCAGAUCUCGCACUUGUCCUCGCGAUUCGGACAGUUUCGGCGCAGGAAAUACUGGACACCACGAACCUGCACUUUUCUGGCUCUUGCACGCGCAGCUCGUGGUUCCAGGUGGUCGUGGACCCGGUCCGGGGAGGCAUGAGGAGCCUGCCACAGAAGGCUCGGCUUCUCAGCAGAGUUAUUCCGCGCACUCUCCGGCGCUUGCGGUGCCGUUUUGACGCCUUCUCCUCUCCGUCCUCACACCUUGUUUCCAGGCUCGAGGGAAGUAUUGAACCCCGCCUGACGCGUCUCCUCAGGUGUGACCACAUUUAUUAUUAUUUAUUUAUUUAAGUAUGACAUCAGCGCCGAGCGUAGGCUGGGUUCUUCACCUCUCCAAAGGCGGAAUACCGGGAUAGCCUGCAGGAGUUAACGGAGUGCUUCUUUUUUCCUUCCUCGCAGCCCUUCAUGAACAACGACCGGUGGUGUUCUUCUUUCUUCUUCCUUCCCUUCCCUCUGAAAUCUCUGAAUGGGUGCUCAAGCAACAAGCGGCCGCGGCUGUGUGCAGCGGCAGCAGCUCUGCGCACACUUCAGAGGGAUAACGCUGUGGUGAAUCCGUCGCUGAGGUUGGUUUGUAUGUUGGUGUGUACCUGCGGGAUUACUGUAGUCUAAUAACCUUUUUAUUUUUGAGUAAACGGGUGAUUUUCUCUUCUGGAUCGAGGACAAGAAUGAACUCGGGUGUUGGAUUCGUAAAACUAUCCUAAAAAGUGCCUUGCGCCUCGCGGUGCUUCUACAUUUUUCCAGUCGGAGUCUGUGGCGGAGCCGCUGUGAUUUAACUCUUCGUGGGCAGGAACCCGGAUCACACCAUGGGCAGACACUCUAACAACCUCCCCCCGAUAAAACCGGGUUUUACAUUCCGGGUGUUGUGGAUGGUUCAAGCUUUCCUGGACCUGGCCGGCUCCCAAGAGAUUUACGCGCCGCACUCGAUCCGGGUGGAAGGCGACGUGACGCUGGGGGGGCUCUUCCCCGUCCACGCCAGGGGGGUCCCGGGGAUGCCGUGCGGGGACAUCAAAAAGGAAAACGGCAUCCACCGGCUGGAGGCGAUGAUGUACGCCCUAGACCAGAUUAACGGCGACGACGAGCUGUUGCCCAACGUCACCCUGGGCGCCCGGAUCCUGGACACCUGCUCCCGGGACACGUACGCGCUGGAGCAGUCGCUGACGUUCGUCCAAGCGCUCAUCCAGAAGGACACGUCGGACGUGAGGUGCACCAAUGGGGAGCCGCCGGUGUUUGUCAAGCCCGAGAAAGUUGUCGGGGUCAUAGGAGCGUCGGCCAGCUCGGUGUCCAUCAUGGUGGCCAACAUACUGCGCCUCUUUCAGAUCCCUCAGAUCAGCUACGCUUCCACCGCCCCGGAGCUAAGCGAUGAUCGGAGGUACGACUUCUUCUCUCGGGUGGUCCCUCCGGACAGUUUCCAGGCCCAGGCGAUGGUGGAUAUUGUCAAGGCCAUGGGCUGGAACUACGUCUCCACUGUGGCCUCAGAGGGCAGCUAUGGGGAGAAGGGGGUGGACGCCUUCAUGCAGCUCUCCAGGGAAGCAGGAGGAAUCUGCAUCGCUCAGUCGCUGAAGAUCCCUCAUGAACACAAAUCCUCCGACUUUGACAAAAUCAUCCGUCUGCUGCUGGACACUCGGUACGCCAGGGCAGUCGUCCUGUUCGCCUCUGAUGAGGAUAUCAGGGGGAUCCUGAAUGCCAGUAAGCGAGCGGACCAGGUCGGUCACUUCUUGUGGAUCGGCUCGGACAGCUGGGGGGCCAAGAACAGCCCCAUCCACCAGCUGGAGGACGCCGCAGUGGGAGCCGUCACCAUCCUGCCAAAGAGAGCCACCAUCAGCGGGUUCGACGCGUACUUCACGUCACGGACUCUGGAGAACAACAGGAGGAAUGUGUGGUUUGCCGAGUACUGGGAGGAGAACUUUAACUGCAAGCUGAUGAGCUCCUCCAAGAAAGACGAGAGCAGCAGAAAGUGUACAGGUCAGGAGCGUAUCGGGAUUGAUUCCAAGUAUGAGCAGGAGGGUAAGGUCCAGUUUGUGAUCGAUGCGGUGUACGCCAUGGCCCACGCCCUCCACAACAUGCAGAGGGACCUGUGCCCCGAGAGCUCCGGCAUCUGCCCGGAGAUGGACCUGGCGGGAGGGAAGAAACUGCUCAAGUACAUCCGCAGCGUCAGCUUCAACGGAAGUGCUGGUACCUCAGUGACAUUCAACCGUAAUGGCGACGCCCCUGGGCGCUACGAUCUGUUUCAGUACCAGUGGAACAACGCCACCGGGCCGGGCUACCGUGUGAUCGGACAGUGGACGGAGACGCUGCUGCUCAAUAUGGAGGACAUGCAGUGGCCUCGAGGGGAGCAGGACAUUCCCACCUCGGUGUGCAGCCUUCCCUGUAAAACCGGUGAGAGGAAAAAGGUGGUGAAAGGCAUGCCCUGCUGCUGGCACUGCGAGCCCUGCGACGGCUACCAGUACCAGUACGAUGAGUUCACCUGCAAGCUCUGCUCCUACAACAUGAGGCCCAAUGCCAACCGCACUUCGUGCCAGCCUAUUCCCAUCAUAAAACUGGAAUGGCACUCACCCUGGGCGGUGAUUCCAGUUUUCCUGGCAAUGCUCGGGAUCAUCGCUACAAUCUUUGUCAUGGCUACGUUCAUUCGGUACAACGAUACACCGAUUGUCCGAGCGUCCGGCAGGGAGCUGAGUUAUGUUCUCCUGACUGGGAUAUUUUUAUGUUAUAUAAUCACAUUCCUCAUGAUCGCCAAGCCGGAUGUUGGCGUGUGCUCGUUCAGAAGGAUUUUCCUGGGUUUGGGUAUGUGCAUCAGCUACGCGGCCCUCCUCACCAAAACCAACCGCAUCUACCGAAUCUUUGAGCAGGGCAAGAAGUCCGUGACGGCACCCAGGCUGAUCAGCCCCACCUCACAGCUGGCUAUCACCUCCAGCCUCAUCUCAGUCCAGCUGUUGGGGGUGUUUAUUUGGUUCGUGGUGGAUCCACCCAACACCAUCAUAGACUAUGACGAGCAGAAGACCUUUAACCCGGAUCUAGCACGAGGGGUGUUGAAAUGUGACAUCACGGAUCUUCAGAUUAUCUGUUCCUUGGGUUACAGUAUCUUACUGAUGGUGACGUGUACUGUUUACGCUAUAAAGACCCGCGGGGUCCCGGAGAAUUUUAAUGAGGCCAAGCCCAUCGGGUUCACCAUGUACACCACCUGCAUUGUAUGGCUGGCUUUUAUACCCAUUUUCUUUGGCACGGCGCAGUCUGCGGAAAAGCUUUACAUCCAGACGACCACACUGACCAUCUCCAUGAACCUGAGUGCGUCCGUGGCCCUCGGGAUGCUCUACAUGCCCAAAGUCUACGUCAUCAUCUUCCACCCGGAGCUCAACGUGCAGAAGAGGAAACGUUCCUUCAAAGCCGUCGUCACGGCCGCCACCAUGUCGUCCCGACUCUCCCACAAGGCCAGCGAGAGGCCCAACGGAGAGGCCAAGACGGAGCUGUGCGAGAACGUCGACGCCAACAGCUAAUUUCAUAAUUUAUCCGAGGUCCGGCAGAAAAGAAGAAAUAUGUGAGCUACAACGACCUUGUGAUCUAACGGCAUUCCUCCAUCCGAACGAGAGGCUGAACAGGAGAAAGAGAGCGAUAGCUGGAGAUGUCUGGUCUCCUGCCCCGCUGGCUAAAAACAAGAAGAGAGAAAAACCCAGAAGGAAGGGGUAUUUUUUUUUGUUUUUGUUGUUGUUGUUAAAUUAUUUUAUUUUUUAUUCAGUCUCAUGUGCUUCAUUGCCCACUACAGACUUUCAGAUGCUAAAGCAAAGCCUUGUGGGACUUUUCUUUGGGCACACUCGGUCAAAGAGAAGCAAGGAACUGUUUAAAAAAUAAAGACGUGGGGAUUUGGGGAAAAUUGUUCAGAAAAUUAAAAUAAUCUUUUUGUUCGUGAGGUGGUGGUGAUGGUGGUGCUGAGAACAAAUAGAUGCAUCAGUGGAAGUCUUUCAGCCUCUGGCUUGCGAAGAGUCGGCCGAGCUCUCCGGGCUCCCGUGUCGCGUCUCUCUCUGCUGUUGAUGUCAAACAAAGCAGCCGUCUCGGCCUGACGUGACCUUUGUACGGAGCCCGCCUCCUCUUGUCUUUUAAUGUCCUUCCAAACUGCAAGUUUCCAACCUUCCCGUCCACCCGCGUGUCGUCCGUUCGUUAUGGCUUACAUGUCGGCCUCCUUUGGGUUGUUGAUUUUUAUUUCCCUUUUUCUUUUUUUAAGACAAUGGUUAUGAUGUUGAUGAUGAAUCUGUUUUUGGUCUUGCUUCUUGGAUGCUCAUUGUUUUUUUUAUUUUUAUUAAAGCCAUAUUCUUCGCUUUGAGGAUUUUGAGGGCUUUGCUCACGCGGCCACCUGGAAUCUGAUUUUUGCAUUUUUCUCUUAAAUGUAAUUCCGCCCAAAAAUCUGGACAUCUUAAAAAAGUCCUGCAACCAUAUUUUCUCAGCCAGCUUCUCACUUUUAUAAUGACAGCGUCAUUAUUUAGUACAGGGGGUGAAUCUCAAACCUGGCACCAUUAAAGUACUAAAUGCUGUUAGCCGCUCCUGUUAGCAGUGGACCCACAGAAGCUUCCACUGGAGACUCUGAUACUGAAGAAAACUUAAAGAUUCUCAGGCAGGAUGUGCAGCCAGAAGGAGCAGCUUCUUUCUGUGAUUUCUAAGCAGAUUUCUGGAUCUUUAUUAAUGAUGGACUUUGAUAUAAUUACAGGUGUAAGUCACUGAAUCUAAAAAUGUGUGUUGUGUCUGUUCAGAGUUGACGGAGUUAGGACUCCAAGCAGGAGUGCAAUUUGUUUUAAAGUUACAGGAAACUUUAAAAUGUGAAUUUGUGGCUAAUAGGUAUUAAUAACAUAUUGUCUCAGCAUCAUCUCUGUAUCGUCUUUGGGUUUCCAGCUCUGUUUCAUCAUUAGCCAAAAAGGUUCAGGAGUGUUGCAGGUGAAUCAUGAACAUUUAGUGAAACUCCCGCAGAGCUGAUUCCAGGUGACAAUGGAAAGAGUAUUUUUGUGCUGCGCCUGAAUCAAUGUUUCCUGUAACUUAAAGUAUCUUACAUAUCGUCCAUCAGCUGUCACCGCUGCAGCGCCACCUGCUGCCCGUGUUGGUGAGCCGUCCAAUCAGCAGCCACUACUAACUUCCUGCACGCACCCGCCCCCUUUCAGUAUCUUUGCCUCACCUGUCUCCCUCCUCGGCGGGAGGCGGCUCACAGUUUGAAGACCUCUGUUCUAGAAACACACUGAAGAAUUGAAGCCAAGUUUUCCGGGGCUGCCAGGUUGCCUCUGAACGUGUCGUGUUCUCUUCGUCGCUUGACUGGGAAAGAGAUCUGAAGUCACCCGUUCCUCAGAAACUUGUUAUAAAUCUGAGCUGUGAACUUUUCAAAAAAAACCAUCAGAGAUUUUGCCUUCUGUUCAUCGGGUUUCUGACGCAUGCGAUUCCAAAAAUCUUCACUUCAGUCCCCCGACGUGGUAAAAAUCAGAUUCCUCGGCUGGGCGUGAACACAAAGCCCCCCUCAAAAAAAACGUUUUAAAAAAACAGGCGUGUUUCUAAAGGCCUUUUUGUUUGAACUGUUUGUGGUCCCAUGAUGAAAGCCUUCCCAUCCCAACAUGUGUGUUCCUUCUCCACACGCAGCAAACACGAUGACUUCUCCAGUAUUUUGUAGGUGUACGAUGAUGAUGAUGAUGAUGAUGACGACCCUUAACUGUGUUGUAGCCCACUUAAAAAGAACCUCCUUGGAUCCAGACUUCACUGGAUUUGUGCUGAAUAUCUGGUGAUUUCAUGGACUACUGAUACAACUAAAAGGUGUUGAUGUCGAGGUUGUCAAUGCAUGCCUGAUAUGUUCGAUGUUGAAACAGAAUCAGAAAAAAAAAAGUUUAAAAUAAUGAAAUUUUCUCAACACAGUUGAUUCCACCUGUCUGCUCUGAAGUGUACUGUUUUUGAUUUUGAGUUUCUUUACCAUUGACCUCCACUGAUUCUUUCUCACACAGCAGAAUAUGGCUUUGAUUGUUUUUCUUAUUUUCCUGGAAACUACGGAAAAAGAUUAAUAUAUAUUUAAAAAAAACAAAAAUACUUGUAAGAAGAAGAGAAAAAAAAAAAGGAAGCAUGUAUGUUUUCUACUGUUUGUACUAGGUAUAUUCAUGUUGCCCUUGCUGCUUAUGUGCCAAUUGUUGUGGGAGAGAUUUACAUUUGGCCACUCAUGCAACUAUUCUGUGGUGUUGUCCAAGAAUGUAUCAACAUGAAAUAAAAAAACAUUUGGUUAUUUUUUUAUAUA